AUGGCUGUUGAAGUUCAGGUCAGAGAGAGCGUGCGGGAGGCGGUGGGUCGGCGGGUGAAACUCACCCUGAGGCACAAAGUCCAGCUGGAGGUUAAAGGUGACAAGGUGGAGAACAGAGUGCUGGCUUUGGCGUCACAUCGAGCCUAUCUGUUGACAGCACGGGUUCCUUCAAAGGUUGAACAGUCAUUCAGCUACUUGGAUAUACAAGGGAUCAGCAGCAACAAGCCCACUCAGCUGGUGCUGGAGCACGAGCGAGGGCCAUGGAGCCUGAGGUUCGGCUCAGGGGAGGAGGUGGAUGAGGUGAUCGCUCACAUCGGCAGCUGCCUGCACCGAAUCUGUCCAGCUGGGUCACCGGUGAAGAUGAUGAGGAAGUUGAGCCUGAAGCCUCCAGAGAGGAUGGCAGCGCUCCAGGCCUUCUGGGACGGCCAGGGUUCAACUGAUCUCGGACCAUGCGGGGGCUUUUCUCACCAGUACUGGUGCGUGUGUGAUUACUUGGGCCUGCCGUACAGGGAGGAGGUCCAGUGGGAUGUGGACACCAUAUAUCUCACUCAGGACACCCGAGAGCUCAACCUGCAGGACUUUGUCCACCUGGAGAACAGGGAUUUGGUGGCGAUCAUUGCGGCACUGGAACACAACCAGUGGUUCACCAAACUCUCCACCAAAGAUCACAAACUGUCGACAGAUGUGUGCGACCAGAUUUUGAAAGUCGUGGCCCGAUCCAGCCGGCUGGAAGAGCUGGUUCUGGACAACGCUGGACUCAAAAGUGAUUUUGCUCAGAAAGUGGCCAGCGCUCUGUCACACAACCCCUCCUCCACACUGCACACACUCAACCUGAGCAACAACUCCCUGGAGGACAAAGGUGUUUCUGCUCUGAGUGCUCAACUCGCCAAACUCCCCAUGGGCCUGAAGCAGCUGAGCCUCUCCAGGACUUCUAUGUCCCCUAAAGGAGUAAACGGCCUCUGUCAGGCUCUCUGUGCCAACCCGGUCGUCGUCUCCACCCUCACACACCUCGACCUGUCCGGAAACUCCCUCAAGGGCGACGACCUCCAGUAUCUGCAGAAUUUCCUGAGUCAGCCCAACUGUUUGGAAACUUUGGAUCUGUCCAACAGCGACUGCUCACUGGAGCUGGUGUGUUCAUCUCUACUCAGAGGAUCACUGAAGCAUCUCUCGGUCCUCAACAUGUCAAAAACCGUCUUCUCACAUAGGAAGUGUAAAGAAAUCCCUCCGUCCUUCAAGCAGUUCUUCAGCUGCGCUCAGGCUCUGACUUCUGUCAGUCUGUCAGGAACCCGACUGCCCCACGAGGCUCUGAAGGCAUUGUUGUUGGGCCUCGGCUGCAACCCAAACCUCAGUGACGUGUCUCUGGAUCUCAGCUGCUGUGAGCUGCGGUCCGGAGGCUCCCAGAUCCUGGAGGGUUGCAUCGCUGAGAUCCCAAACAUUUCCAGUCUUGAUAUUUCAGACAACGGUCUGGAUGUGGAUCUCACUACUCUCCUUGUCUGGCUUGCCAAGAACCGCUCCAUCAGACACCUUUCGCUGGGCAAAAACUUUAACAAUAUCAAAUCCAAAAAUGUGGCUCAGGUCCUGGACAAUCUGGUUCAUAUGAUUCAGGAAGAGGAGUCGCCUCUGACAUCGCUGUCCCUGGCUGAUUCCAAGCUGAAGGCCGACCUUUCCAUCGUCCUCAACGCGCUGGGCAGCAACACGUCUCUGAUCAAGCUGGACAUCAGUGGAAACUCUAUGGGAGACAUGGGAGCCAAGAUACUGUCCAAAGCCCUGCAGAUCAACACCAAGCUCCGGACAUUAGUUUGGGACCGGAACAACAUUAGUCCUCAGGGUUUACAGGAUGUAGCUGCUGCCUUGGAGAAGAACUACACCAUUCGGUUCAUGCCUGUUCCCAUAAUGGAUGCUGCUCAGGCACUGAAGGCAAACCCAGAGAAGACAGAAGACGCCUUACUGAAGAUGGAGCAGUACUUGUUGAGGAACCAUGAGACGCGUAAAUACCUCCAGGAGCAGGCGUACAGGCUGCAGCAGGGAAUAGUCACCACAACCACACAGCAGAUGAUGGAUAUGAUGUGUGUAAGGGUGCAAGAUCAUCUGAACUCACUGCGCUUCUCGGAGACCAACUUGGUUCAAGAGGACAUGAAAGUCGCAGAAAACCUCAUGAAGGAUGCUAAGAACUCCAAAACACUACUCCCCAACCUGUACCACCUGAGCAGCGGCGGCUCCAGAGGCGCCUGCGUUGGAGCCAUUCAGGAGAAGCUGGAGUCCAUGGCUGGGGAGGUGGCCAGAGUCAUGGAUGAGCAGCUGCUGACGAUGCUGGGGUCCAUGGUGGAUGCUGCGGAGGGUCUGUGCCCUCACGUGAUGAAGAGGAGCAGCCUUCGUCAGGAGCUGCUGAAGGCCGGUGGAGGGAGGAUGACCGUCCCUCGCAGCUUCAUCACCACCACGUUGCUGGAACAGUCCGGGGUGGACAUCAUCAACAAGAUCAGUGAAGUGAAACUCGCCGUGGCCUCGUUUCUGUCCGAUCGGAUCGUGGAUGAGAUCCUGGAGGCUUUGUCCAGAUCGCAGCACACUCUGUCCGACCAUCUGAUCAGGAAGGACCACCCUCUGGUUCAUCACGAGCCCCAGAUGGAGAUGGAGGUCCUGGAUGAGACGGUGCUACAGCCAGAGAACCACGACCAGAAACAUGAACUGGAAGAUAUGGACUCCUGCAUGAUGACUCUCAAAUCCAAGAGGAAGAGUAUUCUGGUGAGGAUGUUGCGGCCCGUCUCUGUGGCAUUCGAGAUGGAGUUUGACCUGGACAAAGCUCUGGAAGAGGUUCCGAUUCACGUUGAAGACCCGCCUCUCCCUGCUGCUCCACAGACAUCGGACUACGGCGAUCUCCCUCCUCCUCCCACUUUCCCAGAUGUCCAGUCUGUCAGCCUGGGCGAACUCCCAACCGUGGAGCACAAGAAACUUGAACAUUGCACCAAACUUCGGCCAAAGCCCCAAAAGAGAACGAAACCCAGUAAAUCACCUCGGGCAGCCACCGGUACCUCAGUACCACAGGAAGCAGAGCAGAACAGCAUGAUGGGAAAGCUGGACGAAGGCCUGGAUGACUUCUUCUCCAAAAAAGUCACCAAGCUUGGCUUCAGACUUCCCUCUGUAAAAGGUUCAUCCACCAGCCCCCAGGAAGCAACAGAUAAGAAGCGUGAGUCCAAGAGUGGCUUCUUUAACCUCAUCAAGUCCCGCACGUCCCGGUCAGACAAGAGCCACGUGGCUGCGUCUGUCUCUUCACCGACAUCUGCGUCCUCCACCGCCACCACCACGUCCUCCGUCAGCCCGGUGAAGGAGGACCUGCCACCACCGCCAUUCCCCACGCCGCCUGUCAAAACUAACUCCACUGCGGUGGAGCAUCAACACGAACUCCACCAGACACAGUCAAACCCCACAGAUCCUGAGCCUGAAGCGUCUCCGACUUCUGCUGAACCUGCUGACAAGGAGAAGGAUGAGAAGAAUAUCGGACAUAAAGAGAAUCCAGAAGAGGCUGAACGAAUGGAGAGGAAGGAGAACGUGGAGAAAAAGGACAACCCACACAUACCCCGUCACAUCGGGGUUCCUGUGAUGGGAAGGGACCUGCUGGCCGAGAUGAAGGCCAGGCAGGAGAGAAGCCGGCAGGAGAAGCUGGCUGAGAAGAAGUCCGAGUCAUCUUCAGGACCAGACAAGGUGGAUGCCGACAAAGACACUGACGAAUCCAAACCAGAACCGAUUCCGAGGUCCAAACCGCCAGCCGUCACCCCCAAACCAGCCGCCCCCCAGCCCGUCAGAACCCCCCUGACCCCCCACACGCCCGGGCCGCUCAGCCCGACCUCUGCCAGGACAAACAGCAGCGAUGACUCUGUGGAGACUCCAGCAGGAAGUCAGUCUCCCAGAGUCCCACUUCCUCUUCCUCGCCUGAAGAGGACGCCAUCAGAGCAGGACAGGGAGAGUCCCGGCAGCAGCCCUGCAACGCCACUGGAUGUGGAGUUUCCUGCGGACGGGGAAACCUUUGACGAGGCCUCGGGUAGCGAGUCCAGCGCCGGCGGGAGACAGUGGUCGUCCCUGAGACACGAGUCCAGCCCUCCGUCCCCCAAGGAAGACGACCGCCAGCGGGCCAAGUCCCUGCCUGCCUACGUGACGUCUCUGUCUCAGACGGACACAGAUCUCAGUGCAGCCGAGGGAGACGUUGACGCCUCGUCUACCGACCUCACGUCUACCAGCAAAUCUGAAGACGAGUCUGGGGAUGAAACUCCUUCCAUGUGAUCCGGAAAGAUAUUUCCCACCUCUGAAAGGCUGCUUGACUGUCCUCGCUAUAUUCUUGAAUGUUAAGGAGGUUGAUCCCGAACACACGGCCAAAGCAGAGACGGCAGUAACCAGCUCGUGCUCUUUUGAUUUAACGCUUUAAACAUGUUUGCCAAGUGGACACUGUGACAUUUUCUCCAUAUCUCACACUGUUAUCAGCCUGUCUGGUAAACUGACACCAAAAUAGCUGCAUGACUGUCUCUGAGCUCUAAUAGGAGCGUAAAGAGGAGUCCAGAUGGUCUUCAUCAGGUGCAGAAACAAUCUGCGGCUGCUUAGAUAAAUGCAUCCAGCUGUAGAGCUUAUGUAGUCCAUAUCACUGAGAAGAAUGAGGCUGACUCGUGUUUUUGCAGCUGUAAGUGGGUCCGGGGUGAAGCUGCCGGGUCGUAUCUGGUUCUGCAGUUAAAGCGGAACCAGGAGCUGCAGCAGGUCGUCUGAAAACCCGAUCUGGACCAAUCGUGGGGAGUUUUCCAGCCUGAGAGGAAAAGCUUCAUGUUUCAGCUCCAGAGAAGGUGGAGCUCCAAGGUGUUUCUCCUCCUUUCAAAUGGAGUUAAGGUUGUGCAGGUUUGGAUCCUUCUCUGCAGAACAUUUCAGAUCAGAGUCACCGGUGACCAUGUCAUCAACUCAUAACCGAUGUUUCAUACUCUUAAAACAAAAACCAAAGCAUUCUUGUCCAUGAUCAUUCAGUAUUAUUCAUCUCGCUCUUAUUUCAGUUCAGCUUCACCUUGAAGGAUAUAAAUCUGAGUCUAUCAGAAGUUUUCCACAAACGUAAGCGAAUAAACUGUAAAACUUCAAUCAGAUGAUGUAAAGAAUUGUAAGUACAGGUACGAUUUGGAAGAGCAGAGAUUUUUUAUUUGCAUGUCUUGAGCAUCAGAGGGAGAUAGUUUCGCCGGGUUGAUGUCUGACUCGUGAAUUCUGCCUAUUUAAGCACAGAAGUCCGACUUCUACGACUUCUACGUUUUAAUUUGCUGCCUUCAAGUCCCAGAAGAGGUGAAUUGCACAUAUUCCUCAUUUCACUGGAAGCUUGUCCUUCAGCCUGGAUGGAUGGCUGUGUUUUUUAUCUUAUGUUUUGCUUAUGUAAAGAGGAAUUAUAUAGAGAAAAUGGUUUUAUUUGUUGAAAGUUUUUCCUUUCUGACCAUUUAAAUAUAAAUAUGAAAAGAUUUCAAAACUAAAGAUGGUGUAAUCGGGUUUUCUUUCCACUGCAAAUAUUGCUUUUCUAUCACUUUAAGUUCACAAAUGUGCCCUGUGAGAGCAGGUCAAGUAAAGGUCUUUUAUAUUUAAAGUUGAAACCACGGCGUCGUCAUAGCGAGCAUUGUUAAACCAACGUGUAGCGCUGCACUUAUAUCCCUGUAAAUACGUACUAACGUUUGUUUAAGGUUCUGUUUCUACCAUAACCAGGGUUUUAAUCAGUUAAACGCUGAAAUUGUGGGAUUUAUGUUGUAUUAUGAGCAGAGUGUAUGAUUUACUGAGGAGACAUGCUGAUUAAUCUGCAUCAGUUUUCACUUCUGAUACUUGGUGGAUUUUUUUUCUU